UCGGGGUUGUCAAGCUAUUUUCUCAUCGCAAUGUGCCGUUCUGGCGCAUAGUAUGUAUGAAACUCUACAGAUUGGCGUGUGCGUUGUAUUUUAUUUUAGACAAGACUUGACGACUAAAUAAAAAAGUCCAUGGCUAUCUGUUGGAUAAUACUUAUCACUUAUUCGGUUUUUCGUAAACAUCGGUAACAAAACAAAUUGAAAUAUCAAUGAAGUGGAUGGAAUACACUUUAAAGCGUGAUACGCGGUGAAUGACCAACACUAAGGCUUAGGAAUUUUAUACCUACUGUUGUGGUUUGGUCAUGGAGGAAAAAGCAGACAGUGAAAACAGUUACAGUGAUGAUAGUAGCAGUUCUUCCGAUAGUUCCAGCGGUAGUUCCGACUGCGAUGAGGAAGUCACUGAACCAGUACGAAUUCUUGGGCACACCCUAGAGCUACCUCAGGAGUUAUGUGAGGACUAUUCCAUUUUUAAAGAGUUCUUUUCAAUGAAAACUUGGGAAAGUCUAGAAGAUAAACACAAGGAGUAUCUCAAAGAAUAUCUUCCAAAGUUCCCAGAAAAUGACGAAGAAGAAAAAGAUACAACACUUAAAAUGUUAUUUAACUUUGAGCCAUUUCAUUUCAAGUCACCUUUGAAUAACUUUUUUAGUAAUCUUAGACAAGGUAAUUACAGACCAGAUAUUGCUAGAAUGAGAAAGUUCUUGAUGAAAGCCAGAACUAAACAACAAAAACACAAGACCAAAUCUUACUAUGCAAAAAUGUUGCCGGAAGUAUUAAUUGCUCGGGAGCGAUUGCUUGCUACAGCAAAAGGAGGUCCUCCUGGUCCUAUUCCUUUUCUUCCAUUGCUUCCACCAAAACCAUCAGCUAAAAACAGUUAUAAACCUCUAUAUGUGAGAGCGAGACAAAGGUAUUUUGAAGAGCUAGCUGCUAUCUGGAGUGAGGUAGGCGGAGAGGAAUCUGAAGAUGAUAAUUAUCCUGAAGGCCCAUCUGAAAAUACAUUUAAAAAGAGAAAAACAAUGCAAUCCAGUCAGAGUGGUGAUACAAAUGUAUCGGGAACGCUUGGUAUAACCGACCCCUCACAUCCAGCGUCUUUGGAUUGUCUUAAAAAUGUCCUCGCAACUCACAGAGCUAGACGACAGUUCAGAGAAAAUCAUCCGGAACUUAAUACAACCGGCAUUACCUUGAAUGACAUAAAGCAAAGGGUAGCUUUGAUGAAUGGUACAAAGAAACUUAUGUUUGGUGGUCAAAAGACAGAUGCUCCCAUACAAAAAAUAAAGAAAGGUGCUAAAAAAGAUGCCAAUAAACAGAAGCAAGAUGGCAAAGGUGCAAAGAAAAUCAAAGAAGAUAUUGAUAGUAUCGAAAAUAAACCUCUGUUACCAAACAUUAAAAUUAAAUGCGAAAGAGAGGAAUCGGACUCCGAGAGUUCGUCAUUCUUAGAUCCAGUGACGAGUCCGAAACUUACUAAGAGACUGUCAGAACAUGUGGAUAUAAAACAAGAGGUUCCAGAUAUGAGAUAUCACAAUGCAAAUUGUCACGAUGGUGACAUUGAAAGGACAAUAAAACAGGAGCCUCAAGAUACUCUACUCUCGAUGCAGAAUCAAUCCAGAGUUGUUCAACCCGUGCCUAUAAAAUUGGAAGAUUUGGAUGGAAUAGAUAUGAUGGCCUUACCGGUGGAGUUAGCAGACGAUUCUGGCGAAGUACUCCAAGAUACAUCAGGAGAGAACGAUGAAAGCCUUCUAGAGGGAGGCGAGGCUCUGACAGAGAUAACUCACGCUAACUUCCUUUCUCUGGUGCGAGCCUUAUUUCCGGCGAAGGCAGCCCAUAGGGCAUCCAAGCAACAGUUACAUGCUAGAUGCGCAGCUGUCAUGAGAUCUCCAAUCGCUCCACUGAAUACUUGGUAUAAUUUGUCGGAUGACUGGUGUGCUGAAUUAGAUUCAGCACUGGAUUUCCUCGCCGGGGAGAGGGGACCCCAUCCAGAAGAUUUUGUACCAUAUUUACAAUAUAUACCUGAAACGGAAAUGUAUCAAUGGAUCGGCGCCGGUCGAGACUGCGACGCCUUGCUGGGUCGACUCUGUGAGAGGUGGAGGCGAGCCGAGCCGCCGAGAGCACCGCCCGCACCGCCGCCAAGGUAUCCGAGUUCGUGGGUAGUUCGACAACCGACGACCAUGGAGAUAGCAGACUUCCGGUCACAAGAGCGGAGGAGAUUCGCUUCCGCGUCUAAACCAUUCACAUACGUACAAUAUGAUUAUAGGUCGGUCGUGGGUCCUGCGACGGGUCAACGCGCUGGGUCAGCGGGGUCCGCGCUACUAGCGCCCUCUAGACCUCGCGCCGCCGCGUUUUUGCCGUUACUAAGGGACGCUCUAGCACGACUGCCUAACGGAGAGGGGUCGAGGAGAGAUAUCGUCAUACUACUCAGAAUGUCUCAAUGGAUCGUGCCCUGCAGUGAGCAAGCCCUAUCAAGCGCCGUUGCCACUGCACUCGAGAGACUGUUGGCCGUCAAAAGGGAUCCCAUAGUCAAAUACGACCAAAGAACGGCGGUGUGGACGUACCUGCACAGACACAAGAGCGAAGAGGAUUGGAAUAAGAGUGUACGCAGUCGCGCCAGCAAGGCCAACGUUUCCUCACAUCAGGUUACUUCGCCUCAAACACCCAUGGACCUCGACGUGGCUAACGUUGAGGAGGUCGGGGAUAAUGCCUCUGAUAGUGAUGUCGACGUAGACGACACCUCUCCCAGCGCAAUGCCACAUUUAUCAUCCGCCCAAUUGUUAAUGCAAGCCACACAAGCCACGAAGAAACACAUACAGAUAAAUAAACCGAAAGGCAAACUCGUAGCGACACCGCAGAAGCCUCGAGCGGUUCCCAAGCAACCGAAAGUACCAUCACUAGUACAAAUGAAGCCGGCUGUCAAACAAAUGACUACGAAUACGCCAAAAACAGUGCCGAAGCCGGUGAUCCAAGCUAAUUCAAAAACUAGUCUAUUGACAAACAAACCAGCUGUGAAGACUCAGGCUAAGCAGGUUAAUACUAAGGUGAAGCAGAGUUUGCCCUCGCCCAAGCAGAGCGGGAAGCAAGGUGUGAUAGUUCAGACGGUCAAACAGAACGUGCCGCCGUUAACGAAGCAGAACAGCGACACUAUGUUGACUCAAGUCAGCCUUCCGUCCAUAGUCGUAGCUCCGCAGAGGUCGCCACUCAUGAAGCAAAAGUCCGCGAUAGAAACAUCACAAGUCCCGGUUUCAUUAAAUAUUUCCGUACAACCCUCGUCAACCGCUAUCCAAAGCAACGUGGCGCCAUCUAUACAUCAGAAUAGCGCCAGUCAGUCGGCAAAGUUAGCUCAAGUAACUCGCUCGUUGUUAAUAAGACCCUCCACGGUGCAGACUUCAACAACCUCUGCCGUAGUUUGUACACCGACGACACAGGUGACACCGAGCGCCAGACGUGGUAUAGUGAGAGUCCUGAGUCCGGCGACGCCUUCCUCGGGGAAAUCAUUAAUAUCUCCAAGGGCACUCAUGCAUCAGAGUAUACCCACGACGAAAAAGCGCUCAAUCAUACCCGGGACUACAUCAGUUACUACCAUAGCACAGAGCACAUCGAGUCCGACCAACGUCGUAUCUAGUAUACCUACAGCUGUAACGUCUUCAGUUACAACGAGAACUGUACAGUUGGCUGGCGGUCGAACAGUUCAGUUGGCUGCCAAUCAAACUGUACAUUUACCGAGUGGCCAAGCUGUACAAUUAACUUCAGGACACACGCUUCAACUUUCUUCUCUUCAGUUACCAACACACAGCGUCAGACUGCCCAGUGGACAAACUGUUCAACUGGCGUCGCCACAAGUAAGGGCUGUAUCUACAACACAAGUGAAAAACCCAAGUCCGAAAGCACAGACAUCGUCACCGAAUAUCAAAGCUAUGAACCAAUCAGUACAAAUUCCAGUAUCAACGGUGCAAUUAGGCCAGACUGUCCAAAUAGCUGGCCAGACGGUGCAAUUGGCUGGACAGAGUGUACAGUUGACUGGACAUACAGUCAAAUUACCGAGCGGCCAAAGCGUACAAGUCGCCAGUCAGAAUGUGCUGCCAUCACAGAGCGUGCAAUUACCUAGCGGUCAGACUGUACAGUUGGCAAGUGGUAUGCAGACUGUACAGUUAGGCCAAAACGUUCAGUUAAGUGGACAGACAGUGCAAAUGCCUAGUCAGAGUGUUCAGUUGGGAUCUCAGACUGUGCAGAUCGGAGGUCAGACUGUUCAGUUGGGCGGCGGUCAGACGGUACAGUUGCCGAGUGGACAGACUCUACAGUUGUCUGGUGGCCAAACCGUACAGUUGUCCAGUGGCCAGACCGUACAGUUGUCCAGUGGUCAGACUGUACAGUUGUCUAGUGGCCAGACGUUACAGUUGGCGAGUGGCCAGACGUUACAACUGGCUAAUCAACAAACCCCGAAAUCCAUAGCGCAAGUGGUUAGAACCCAGCCUACCGGUGAUAAAACAUCUCAACCAAUUGUCGCCAAGUUGCUAACUAAUGCUCAGACCCAGAUGAUCUCACUGGAGGGUGUCGUGGGGUCUCGCGGCAGAGGAGGCCGGGGUGGGCGCGGCGUACGAGUCCUAGCGCCGGCGUCCAGGCUAGCUAGACCCCUCUUAUUGACAUCAGCUAAACCUCUCCAUAACAUUAUAUUACAGCAAUCGGACGGCACCAUACGAGUGACGUCAUCGGGAGGGACUUCAACAUCACAGACAAUAGUUUUAAGUAAUAUAGGCUCUCAAACCGUCACCACGCCUACAACCACAGCACCGGUGUUGAAACUGCAGCAGGUGAAUCCGAUACAUCAGGUUAAACUUCCACAGGGAAUUAAAAUUCAACAGGCUGUGACUACGACCACAGCGACAUCUAGCGGUGUGAGGAGUGUCCUGAUGGACGGCCAGCAAUUGAAGUUGGUUGGAGGAAGACACGUGCUCGCCCGCCUCCUAAAACAGGCACCCCCCUAAUUAUACAAUUAUACACUUUAUACAUUAACUUAGUAUUAAAAUAUACGAUACCUUUAACACGUGUCAACAUGGACCAACUAAGUACCUACAGUUUCCUGUUGUUUGUAAACCUCCUAACAUGAUUAUAUCGAUUCAGGUUUAUGAAUGAAUCUAAACUUUUAGCAGCGUGAGUACGAGAACAUGUGUUAAGGGUGUCGUGCGCUUAGGGGAGUUGAUUUUUUACUAAUGCUUAAAAAAAAAAAUUUUUCAUGGAAAUGUCAUGUAAAUCCACAUUACGUAAAAUUCCAUGUUCACGUAAAGCGUCGUAGAAAAUUAAUUUUGCUGAGCCCCCAUUAUACACAAGUUUAAAUUCGUUGUGUAAAUAUUAUAUACAUAAUGUUAAUGUGUACUUUUUGUUUCGUCUGUUUUUGAGCCGCAAUAAUAUAUUUAAAGUAUCGGAAAAUUUAAAUUUUCGUGUCAUUUACAAUAAAUUAUGAGAUUAAGGGAUUAAUGUGUACAUUUAAUUACUCGUACAUGUACAUACAGACCAAAAAUGUGUUCUGAAACAAUUUUAUUAUAUACAUUUUUCAUAGAAAAGUCGAGAAACCUUUUACUUAUACUUUAUACCGUUCAUUUGAAGUCUCCAAGUAAACAAACGAAGAAAAUUAAUGUAUAAUAUAUAAAAUUUUGUUUUCAUACAAAUGACAAUUUUUUUGUGUUUCCAUUCUUACAUUAUAAGGACCCCAAAAUUUUCCAUUUAUUUAUUUAUUUUUUAUUAUGAUACAAAUUAAUUUUUUUUUAUUUUAGAAUUUAAAAAAAAUUAACAGAAAAGAGAGAUAUUAUUCUUAUUUUCUCAGAAAUGUGCUUAUAUUUAUAGCUGCAUUAUCAAAUAUUCCUAUUAUUGGGUUUUUCGAUUUUUUUAUGCGAAUGUAUAAAUAAAAGUAGUUUGCUUAUUGUAUGGUGUCUAAAUUCAGUUCGGAAAUUUUUUUUAAACGAUCUCAAAGAUCUAUUCGAGUAGUCGUCAGGAAGUUUUAUUCAUUAUAAAUUGCUUUUGUUUCUUUUAAAUUUAACUUAACAUAUAUUAAAAUUUAAUUACUUUGUAAGUCAAGUUAUUUUUUAGUGUUACAACAUUUUAACUGUACUAAGGUCGGUAACCUGUAAAAAGUAUGUAGAGCUAUAUUUUAAUGAUUCAUUAUAUAUUUAUUUACUCUUAUGUAGAUAUUAUAUUUUGCUUUUAUUUCUUAUAAUAAUAAAAAGUUUAAUUUCUUAUUUAUUGUAUGAUAAAUUGUAAGAUUUAGUUUUUAGUGAUUUAGAUAAGUUUAGGUUAAAGUCUUCAUCUGAAUGAUAAUUGGUUGCAAUAUUUCGGAUUUUUUUGUACAAUAUAAGUCAAUUAAUAUUUGUA